UAUCAGAAAGUAAGCACCACUGGUCCAAGUGGUAAACCAGGUUUAGUCGCCAGCUAACGCGGCUUCGACGCCCGCCAUAAAGGAAUGAUCUAACAGCUGUUUCAUUAGCUUCCGAGCUAGCUACCACGCCGCGGACAUGUUAGCUUUGUUGCUAGAAAGAUGGCUAUCGUUGCAUGUUAGCAACACUAUUCUGGUCAGAGAUAAUACAGCUGGCUAACUGGCUGCUAAGCUGCUAGCUGUGAGUCCGUCGUUCACCCCUAGCUCCGGUCAGACCCUCAGAAAAAGGGUCAAAGGUGCUGACAUGUGGAAUUAGCUGGUGACUGCAUGAAUUAGGAGAUACUGGUCAAUUUGUGUGUAAAGUCAACGUCGGACUGAUUUUGCCCCUGCAGAAAACAUUCAUAAGUACUGGCUAGCGUUAGGUCAUCCUCCAUUAACAUGUCAUGGAUUAACAUUCGUGGCGUUUGAGCAAAUGGUAUGUCCAACUGCUCACUAAUAAAGGCCUACUGGUGGAAGGGAAAUUACUACUGGUGCAUGCAGCUAAAUGGGUCCAAACAGUUGAAGACCAUGGCCGGAUUAACUUCGUGUGGGGGGGCGGGGUUCUUCUUGGGCCCUAGCUGACCCCAAAUACACGUUAGUGUCACUAUUCCCCAGACAGGUAUUUGAGAGAUUGGGUUUAACAAACUUUGAGAUGUUUAAUCCUGAGACGGGAAACUCCAGAACAGCUAAUCAGGGGUAGUUCAAACUCUGAUUUGUGUGAAUGGAAAAAAGCCAUCAGCAGUGGACCUCCGAUACAACAAUUCAUCAUGUCAACAGCCAUGGAGACUUCGUCAGUGUACAUGUGCUUCCCCUGCUACCAGGAGUUCAACACUCUAGAGGAGGUACUCAAGCACCAGUUGACGUGUACUGCUGAGGAUGAACAGUCAGACGCAUCAGGAGCCACCCCUGUCACUGUUCCAGUGCUACAGACUCAGCAAAAGGUAGUAAAUAUAUCAAGGACAGUUGCCGCCCCACAGAUUCAAAUCCAAGCAAGACACUCCUCUUUGCAACUUGAUAAGAGUGCACUCAGGCAGGCUGCAGUCAGUGCAAAGCUGUCAUCAGACCAGCCCAGAAUCCUCUACCAGUGCGGGGACUGUGAUGAACUUUUCAAGACCCUGGACCUUUGGCAGCAACAUCGUAAAGAAGAGACAUGUCAGCAGUCUGCCUCUGGGAGCAAGUCAAAACCUGAUUCACAACUUGAGGAGGAGACCUCCUCAGCUCAGUGCUCCACUUCAGCUUUAAAUCCAGAUGAUUCUUCUCUCUCACAGAGUGAAAGUAGCGAAAAUUUCAAGCCAGAACCAGCGGAGCAACCUGUAGCAGAGGAAGAGAGGCAGCAGGACACAGAGACCUCUGCAGCUCAGAGCUCUGAUCCUCCUGUUUCUGAGGCGACCUCUUCAACCUCUAAUCCAGAGGAUUCAUCUCCCAAGAAGAGAGGGGCAAACAAAAAGCCUAAGCCUGAGCCAGUGCUCCUCUGUGUUGACUGUGGCUCAUGCUUUGGCCUGGUGUCUGAACUAGUGGCCCAUCGCAGGACACAGCACGGCUUUGAGGAAGCUCUGCACCGCUGCUCUGUUUGCGGGGAAAGCUUUCUAAACACUACACUCUUUCUUUACCACCGCAAGCAACACAGACAGAAAGGCGAAGAAAAGGUGGUAGUGGUUCCUGAAGAGACACCUUUAGAGGAGGUUUGUACUCAGAGCAAUGUGACUGAUGAGCAGGGUCAGGAUGCCACUCCAUCCGCCACCACUGUCACCUCCACUUUCACACAGCCCGAGCUGUUUAUGUGCACCCAGUGUGGGCAGAGCUUCAGCGAUGAGGAAGGACUGGCUGCCCAUCGUAAGCAGCAGCACGGCCUGAAGGAGCCACUACACAGAUGCUCCCAUUGUGGCGUUAGCUUCAUGAACACCACCCAGUACCUGUACCAUCGCCGCGAGCACACCUUCACAUCAGGGACGGAGGUGGCGGAUGGAGCUGAAACCGAUGAUGAAACAGCCGCCGCUAAACCUCAGGAUACCCCUCAGAGCUCAAAGCGGCUGCUUUCCCCGCCCGCCUCUGCCAGUGAUUCAGGUUCACCCGUUCCUAAGAGAAGUAGACCCACUUUCAGGAUCCUGAGCGGUGGUAGUGCCCUCAGAGGAAACAAGGGAUCAGGCGCCAAAGAGGAAACAGAGGGCAGCACUGCAGCAGACUCAGACAACACCAACCAACCUCCACCUGCUAAGCUGCUGCAGGACUGGGCCCGUACACCAUUACCCCAUGUUUGCCCUUACUGUGGCAAAACCUUCACCCGACGCGUCUUCCUCCGCACCCAUGUGUACAGCCACACUGGAGAAAAACUCUUCACGUGCAAGGUGUGCACAAAGUCCUUCACCAACUCACAGAGCCUACUGCGCCACAGCAUGAGCCACACAGGCAACAAGCCCUUCAGCUGCGAUAUUUGUGGCAAAAACUUCUCGCAGGCAGCCACCCUGAAGAGACACCAACGCAUUCACACAUCAACACAGCCUCGGCGCAAGCGUGGAAGAAAACCGGUGUGUACUUUGGACAAUGAGGGAGCUGUUCAUCUCUUCCCGUGUCCUCACUGCCCCUCACGGUUCAACACGGAGGAUCAGCUUAACCAUCACAAACUGCUCCACACCAGCCACCCAUUCCCUUGCCCAGACUGUGGAGAGGCCUUUAAACGCAGGAAAGACCUUGACCUGCACUCGCUCACUCAUCAAGACAAGCAGCCGGCGAUGUGCCCUCACUGUUCAUCCCAAUUUGUGAACCAGUCCGUGCUGGAAAUCCACCUGCAGCGUUGUCCUACCACAGAGGAGGAGAAGAAUGCUGGCCGUGGCCGGGGUCAGGGCCGGGGACGCUGCACUGGACAGAUUGAGUGUGACCUAUGUGGCCACCGUUGCAUGACCCAGGAGGGCCUCGACCUCCAUCGGUUGUCCCACACGGGCCAGACACCCCUCAAAUGCCCAGUGAGGCCUUGCCGCCGCCGAUUUACCUCCAACUGUGCCCUGGAGGAGCACGUGCUGGCGCAUUUCCAGGGAACACUCAGCAAGUCCAAAAACCGACCCCGCUUCCGCUGUCAGAUUUGCCUCAAGGAAUUUGCCUACAAUUCCACUUUCAAUGUUCACAUGAGGACACAUACUGAUGAGAGGCCCUUUGAGUGCACCACAUGUGGCAAGCGUUUCCGCCAGUUACCACAUCUGCAGGACCAUGAGCGCAUCCACAGUGGCCUGCGGCCUUUCUGCUGCUGGAUUUGCGGUAAGAGUUUCAGCGUGGCCGCCCGUCUCACCGAGCACGCCCGUACUCACAGCGGUGAGAAGCCCUACCCGUGUCCCCACUGCACUGCUGCCUUCCGCUCUCGCUCGAAUCUGGACAAACACAUCCGGCUACAUGGAGACCUGCCUUUGGAAACCGCUGAGCAGGUGGCACAAGCAGCAGAGGCUGCCCAGGUCCAGAAGGUGCUGGAGGGGGCCAAGGUGCUGUCUUCUCUGGCCACCACGGGGGAUGUUGAUUCUGGCUCAGUGCAGACCAUCUAUGUGUUGCAGGGGGCCGAAGGAGGUACUGAGACGGUCAUGAUCCCAUCUGACCAGCUCAGUGGCAUGGAGGGUGCCUCGCAGGUCGUCAUCCUACCUUCCUCUGUUCUAGGAACUCAGGCCAUCACUGUUCCCACUAUCACCAUGGAUGGAAAUGAAAUCACCAUGGUGGAGACGAGCCAGUCACCGCAACAUACCAUCGAGUUCAUUGUAGAGGAGACGGUAUGAAGGCAGAUUAGAAACUGAUGGUGGCCAAGUUAGUUAAGAAAGCAGGCUAUCGAUAGAGUGAACAAUUUGAUAAUUAAAGGAUAUGCAGUUCCUACAUUAUGUGUUUAUAGUUUGAUUAUAGUUUGAUAGGUUUCCAAGCCAGUUUAAACAAAAGUCCCAUCCUGUGAAAUAAUACUAUUUCACAACUUUUGUUGAGCAGAAAAGGAAUUUAAUAAUCGAAAAAUGGUGUAAAACUAACAAAUUAAAGGUUGGUACACAAGUGAAAUUCUCAGGAGAACAGAAUGUACCUUAAAUUAGUCUUUCAAACUGAUUGAAAAACAGGUCGUAAAUUGGCCCCCCCAUUGUAUAUAGACGUGUAUCUAGAGACCCUAUUUAUUAGGGGAAGACCGGAGGUGGCCCAUGAAAUGUCUUCUGCUUUCUUUAUAAUAAAACGCUUCAGCUUUCACAACUGUGAGCGUCCAUCAUUUUAUAAGGUGGAUGACAUGAGGGCAUUGCCCCCAUCCCAUCAGAUGAGAUGGACUUUAUAGGUCGUGCCGUAAAUUGCCACUUCUGUCUUUUGACAAACAAUCUGAGGUCUUCUGAUGAGAAAUAUACAGACCCACUCAGCACCAGUCAGUGUACAGGUUUUCAGGCCGCUUUGUUUUGUGUUCACAUGCACGCUAAUGUUAGUGGAAGGCACGAUGAAGUGGAACGGUUUGUAUAGAUCAACCCUAAUGUUCCAAUAAUUUGUUGGGCAUUAUGUUAUUGAUUGGUUCUGUGCUGUAAUUAAAUACAAUAAUAACAGGGAUAUGGCGAGAUAUAUGAUGAUUUAGCUGAAGUGUAGCAUUAUGCAGUGGCAAGUAGUGUAAUGAAAUUAUCCACCGCUUGCUGUAUAGUUAUCAAAAAUAAUGAUCCUAUUUGUGUCCGAAUGGGAAGAGGCAUAAUAUGAUAUAAGUUUUGCCAGCGCUGCAGUAGCCCAUUAUGGGCUUCUAAAGCGCAGUUUAUGGCUGUCUCCCACCCAGUGAUUGCUGACAGGGGGUUUGAAACCGCACGCACUCAGAGGCACUCAGUCUUAGUUUGUUUUCAUGUCAUGGAGGGAGAAAUGCUGAUGAUUGCGCGGGGAACUGAAAUGGGAAAAUGGCAGCAUUUCUGCAGAGUGAGACGCAUAUCAGGAAAUAGAGGGAUCCUGAAGAGCAAAAAGAAGCCGGUGCCAAGAAUUCAGCAGCUCUUCAUUGCUUUUCUGAGAGAGUCAACAAGCAACCAGUCGAUAAAUACAUGUUUUUUUUUUCCCUUCCUAGCAAAUCUUGAGAGCUGAUAUUCUGGUGGAGUGCCGUUUAUCAUACCUGCAGCCUGACACUGAAACCGAAAACGCACACAACAAACACACAGAUGUGUAAUGAAAUUGUUGAUGCCGGCGGUGAAAUCAUGAGUCGUAUGCUCUAGGGAGACAGACUGACUGCAGUAUUAUGGUCUUUUUGCUGUACAGAGGACAGUAUAUUGCCUGCCCGUGUUCAUUCCUUAGCUCGGACUUUAGCUGGUGGUUUUG